AUGCGCUUGGGCUGGCCUGUAGUGUCGAGCAUUGGGGCAGCCGCGCUUUGCGCGAUUUCCUGGGCUUCUGAGGAUUGGGUCAGGGCACGUGCAGAUCCGCCGCUUUGUGAGCACGAUGUUCGCUGUAUCCUCGGGCUCAGGUCGGCUGACUUGGUAGCUCAGCUCCGACCGGAUCCGUUGCACCCAUGGGAGAAGGCACCUCCCGAGCUUCACCGCUGUGGGGUCGCCUGGGCAGAUCUGCAAGUCGAUGGCAACGGGCUUUCCGUGCCGAUGGGGCCUAUGCCCCUGAACGCCUCCAAGUCCUCUGCCGCGGGCAGCUUUGAACUACUCGCGCAGGCCUGCCGUGCUGCCAUGUUGGUGUCCGUGGGUGCGGCUUUCUGCUUGACGAGCCUCGCAUGCACAUCGCUCCAAGUCCACAGGUACAGGUCACUGGAGCGUUUGGCGGUCGCGCUGCUUCUGGGCCACGUCGUCAUGGCCUGCGGAGCGCUUCUGGUGUUGGCCACCUGGUGCGCUGUUCGGGUGAAGCCAUGGAUCGCACAGAUCCUCUUUGUUACAACUGGGGGCCAGGCCGCAAUUUGGCCGCACCAUCUCGAGGUCUUGCCAGGGCCUGCUGCCAUCUGUUUCGGAUUGGCAGGGUUGCUGAGCUUUGGCGCCUCGCUGCUUCUCAUUGGCCGGCAGGAGUUGCCGGAUGGGGAUGCGGCUCAGGUCUGGGAGCUGAAGCCGGAGCCGGCCGAGCCGGCCGAGCCGGCCCCAGGGCCCAGAGAGCCGAGCAAGGAUAAGCUUGUUCGACUCGUGGCGCAGAGACGACGAGAGAUAGUCCACGACCAGUUGCGAUGGGCCGAUGCUUUGCUGGUGGGCUGUGCAGCUUGCUUUGCCGUGCUUCUGCUUUCUAGCCUUUGGGUCGUGGGCCAAAAGGCAGUCGACCUAGGAGUGAAGGAUGCCUUAAACAAGCCAACCUGGAGACGUGGGAGGUACCCCGGCGGCAUUCCAUGGCACCCUGAAGACUACCGGGAGGCCUGGCGUGAUGUGAAAGCCGCCGGUAUAUGUACUGGAAUUCGAACUGCCAUCAAGAUCGACGACUUUCGCAAGUCUGUGCAGCGCCACGCGGAUGAAACUGCGCAGCAGCUGAAGAAGCGGUUCAGAAGCGAACGCCUCGACUCCACUGAGGAAGGCGGCUGA